CCCAUUUCCUUCGGCACAGAAAAGAACCAUCGACUCGGUCUGUCAAGUCAGUUUGUAAACAAUGGCUGAAUACUUAGCAUCGAUUUUCGGCACGGAGAAGGACAAAGUCAACUGUAGUUUCUACUUUAAGAUAGGAGCAUGUAGGCAUGGGGACCGUUGCUCCAGAAUCCACAACAAACCGACCUUUAGCCAG